UGACUGUGGUCAACCAGCCUGAAGCUGAACAAAGUCUUACAGCAAUAACUAUUAGGAAACCACGACAGACAAUCAAAACUGUUGAAGAAAUGGCACGUGUUACUAGUGACAACUAGUAUGAUACUAUUGGUAUGGUGACAAAGGAGUGGAAGUACAGUGACGUUUGUGAUAACCCUUUUUAUGAGGAUUGACUAUAUGAAAUAGGCUGAAGAUGGCUUUCACGGUCCAAAACUACAAUCCCUUUCCAGGUACUCGGCUUGCUAGAAAUCCACCAAUGCUAUACAUCUGUGUAGGAGUGCUAGCAUGUGGUAUUAUUCUUACUGCCCUAAAUGUGUAUGAAUUAAGGAAUAUGCAAAGAGAGCACUUUGAUGGUCACAAAUAUGGUCCUGUUGCUGAGGGGCGAGAGGAGGCAGUCAGACCAAAAUACUGGCUGUAUGGAAAAAGGCUGGACAGUGGGUAUCUGAGCCAUGUGAUGGCUGUAUUUGACAGAACUGGCUAUGCCAGAGGAGAUGAAAAUACUGAGGACUGGGAUGUGCUAUGGGCACAUGACUACCCUUUCCUGAAGCUUGCAGACAAAUUGCACUCCCUGGAACCCCAUCAAAAGGUGAACCAUUUCCCUGGAUCUGGAUGGGUUACAAACAAGGUGGAGUUAGCCAGAACACCCUUGACUCACAUUCCACCAGCAUUUAAGAUGCCCCAUGAAAGAGAGAAACUCAUAGCACACGCAAAUAAACAUCCUGAGAAGCUUUGGGUGCAAAAAAAUAGCAACCACCGUGGGAUCAAGAUACAAAAAAUUGCAGACUUGGAUCUAAAGGCAGAAGGGACGUUUGUACAAGAAUACAUUGCAAAACCACUGCUUAUAGAUGCAAGGAAAUUUGACAUUGGAGUGUACGCUGUAUUAACGUCAAUACGUCCUCUGCGACUAUACUUGUACGAUGAAGAUGCACUGUUCAGAUUUUGUCCAAAAGAUUAUCAUCCCUUUGAUCCUGCAGAUUUGAAGAGGUAUGUGGUAGAGGAUGACUACACGCCUAUGUGGAAGAUGCCAUCCUUGAAACAUUAUUACACUGAUCUUGGCUUCUCAUUUAAAGAGUCAUUUAAUAUGUAUAUGAAGAGUAAAGGGCUCAACCCAGAUCGUGUGUGGCAACAAAUUGAUGAGUCUAUCAUAGAGGUCUUCACAUCAAAGGAAAAUCAGCUCAUCCAGUCGACCACAAAUUACAGAUCAACCCGCAAUUUCUUUGAAAUGAUGCGGUUUGAUUAUGUUCUGGAUGAGGAAUCAAAUAUCUAUCUAAUGGAGGCAAACAUGUCACCGAAUCUAUCCUCGGCUCACUUUUCUGACAACAGGCUACUGUAUGAGCAAGUUAUCUACAACUUGUUAUCACUAGUUGGUGUGGCUCGUCACAUCUCUCACGACAGCUUACGUAUCAGAUCAAAUGAUGAGGUAAACAUGCAGGUAUCAGAUAAGAACAUACUGGUGAGUCUGGAUGUUUGUGCGAGUGAUGAAUGCCAGGAUUGCUCUGCUCUGAAGUGCAAGGUGUGUCGAAGUUGUCUGACAAUAGAGGACAAGCUUCACUUGAAGCAAGCAUUCUUAGAGCACUCCAACAGACUUGGCUGCAGGCGCUUGUAUCCCAGACCGAUGCAUCAUCUAAGGACAAAUACACGUGCAGCUGAGGACUGGUUGCCUAGCAACAUGAGUGUAUCCAACAAGUUGAUGCACCUUUGGUUUUACGGGAAAUGUCAACAAGAUGUUCAAUGGUGUUCAUAAGGAAAUAUAUAUAUACUCACGCGCAACUCUCUAUUUGCUAAAUCAGUAUCGUUACUAUAUUUUAUUACCUACACGUUACCCACCUUACCCACCUAAGUUAACCUACACGUUAUAUAUAUGUUAUAGAUUAAUGCCACAAUUAGCUAGCAAUCAAAAGUACAUUUCUGAAAAAUGGAACGUUAAAUAAUAUACUGCUGUAUGGGGUCAUUUAAAUGAGUGUACAUAUGUAUGAUGAUCUGAUUGGCUAUGCUUAAUAAGCUGAAGGUCUAAUUUGCUUCUGAUAAUGGAUUGUGUCUUUUGAGAUUUUUUGGUAUUAAAAUUUAGGUCCAGUGCUCCAAAGUACAAGUACUUUAACAAAAGAACGCUGUAUGGGGUAGCAUUAACGGCGGUAUUACUGUAUUGUACUAGAGGAAAGUGGUACACUCAAAUUCAAAUCAUGCAACUGAGAAGAUAUUAUUGAAUGAUCACAAUUUUUACACAUUUAGUAGAGUAGCUUAUUUAUAUGUAUUGACGUAAACAAUGCUGUUUAGUAUGGUGGCAAAUAUUACCUCAACAUUACUUGAUGAUAGACAUUUUAGACAUUUGGUGCUGUCCAUGCUUGUGGACUUACGGAAUUAUUCGGUAAUUCUGCCAGGCUUCGAUAGGGAAAACAGACACAACCCGCACUCUUAGAAUGCUAUAAUCUUUGAAUGCUUCAUGCCGGCCGCGGCUGUGGGUGGGGGCAUGUCAUGUAUCACUUGAGCUUUUACUUCAUUUACUUUCACGCGUUUUCCGUGAUGCAGUGUCUGUAAGAUAAUCUCACUUAUUCCCAUUUGUUGCUUAUUCUCGUUUAGGGGAAUUUUCUUCUCUGUGCGUUUUAAGAACGUUUAUCAACUUAUUGAUUUUUAUCAGCCUUGUACUGUUUUCGUAAACACCCUGGGAUGAUUAUGUUCUCGGCAACACUAAGCAUGCCAUCUCCCGCUGCCUUGUCUAGCCUGCGCUGGAAAAUUUUGCUUGAAACUAUAAGAAAUAUAACUAAAGAAUUAACUCGUGUAAUUUAAAAUGAAAUCAUUUUUACUUACAAUAUUCUGCCCUUCUACAUGAAAUUGUAGGCAGCUGUUUGAGUUAGCAUCAAGAAUCUAUGUCCAUCAAGAACCUAUCGUUGUCACGCGGGUUGCAAAUUUCCCAUGUUCCAGUCCUAGUUCCGUGUGCAAUUUUUGUUUCAUCUUUGUUCAAAGCUACUGAUGUUUGCCAGAACGAAACAUACACGGUGUUUCGUAAUUUAAGUAAUUAAACUUUCAAAUUUAGUAAAUAGUGUAGCGAUCACUAGCGUGGCUAUACAUGUGCAAAGCGAUCUUAUAAUGAUCUUAUUUUACAGCAAUAACCUAGUGUGUUUUUAGCUCAUCUGACGUAGUCGGGUGCAGCUUGUAGAAUCGCAUGAUCGUCCGUCCGUCCGUCCGUUCGGCCGUUCGUGCGUCCGUCAACAGUUGGGCACAAAUCUAAGCGGCUCGCCGUACGGAUUCAUAAGUCGGAACGUGGGGGGGGGGUAAUCCGAAAACGAGUUGGGAUGUCGAAGCUGGGGGUCAAAGGUCAAAGAUCAAGAGGUG